AUGGGAAAAACAUCAAAAGACAAAAGGGAUAUUUAUUAUCGAAAAGCUAAAGAGGAGGGUUGGAGAGCAAGAAGUGCAUUUAAAUUACUCCAAAUUGACAGCGAGUUUAAUAUUUUUGAUGGUGUUACAAAAGCAGUUGAUUUAUGUGCAGCACCAGGAAGUUGGAGCCAAGUUUUAACCCGAAAAUUAAACGAAAGUUAUAAAUUAAAAAAUGAAGAAUUAAAAUCCGGGAGUUCGUCAUCAAGCAAUGAAGAAGUAAAUGAGCCACCAAAAAUAAUAGCCGUCGAUUUACAAGCAAUGGCACCCUUGGACGGCGUGGUGCAAAUUCAAGGUGAUAUUACUAAAAUAUCUACUGCUGAAGAAAUAAUAGCUUAUUUUGAAAAUUCUAAAGCUGAUUUAGUUGUUUGCGAUGGAGCGCCUGAUGUAACCGGAUUACAUGACAUGGACAUUUACAUUCAAUCGCAAUUACUUUUGGCAGCUUUAAACAUAACAACACACGUUAUACGACCGGGUGGUACUUUUGUUGCUAAAAUAUUCCGAGCUAGAGAAAGCUCAUUACUAUAUUCACAAUUAAAAGUAUUUUUCAAAUAUGUCUCUUGCGCAAAACCGAGCAGCUCACGAAAUUCAAGUAUCGAAGCGUUUGUCGUUUGCAAAGAUUAUUCACCACCUGAUAAUUACAUUCCACAUAUGUUAAACCCACUAUUAACUCACGAGCCAUUGAACUAUGAUGAGUUGACUGGUAUCAACAAAUAUGUUGUUCCAUUUGUUGUAUGUGGAGAUUUAACGCAGCCUGAUUCUGAUUCGUGCUAUCCUCUUUCACUGAGUGGCGAAGAAUAUGUAUAUAAAAGUCCAAUCCAGGAACCAAUCGAGGCACCUUAUGAAGAAGCUAUCCAAAAGGAAUUUAAUUCAAACAACAAAAAAUCAAUUAAAGCUGAACCAUCUGCAUCGGAAAUUUUUUACGAUGAUGAUUUAUCAAUUGAAGACUUCAAAAAAAGUUCCCUUGAAUUUCAGAAAAAUAAAGAAGUAGCAGCGGCAAAUUCCCAAAUAAAACAAACUGACAUCCAUGAAGAUUUUCCAAGACGUUGUUACGCGUGCGAUAAAAUAUUUUGCUGUGUAGAUUGUUGUGAGGAGCACAUAAAGAAAAAACACAGUACCCGUCAUACUAUCACCGAUUGUCCUCUGUGUCGCAGAGAACCUUUAACAUUGCGUAAUUUUGACCACGAGCAGCUUAAAAACCACGUGGUAUUCAACCACCUGCCGCUGCAGUGUCUCAAGUGUGGUGAGUUGUUUGAAAAGCACGAAGAUUUAAAAUACAUCGGCACUUGCGACCGGCAUCCUAUUAUACGGAUAGAGCCACCCACGUUGACCGAAUUAUGUGUCACUUCGUUAUCUUCAUCAAGUUUGGAAGCUACAUCAGGAGUCACUAAAACUCCAUCAAACUCUUCAUCAGCCAAGCGCAAAUCUUUGUCAUUCAGCGGCGAUUAUCAACAAUUUGAAGAUUCGCCACGCGAAUUUACUCGACAUACAAGUACUCCGAUGCAAGUUGGCUUGACUAAGCAGCUUAAUUUAUCAAAUAUUAACAAUAAUAUAAGUGAUAAAAGCGGUAAUUUUUUUUUUAAAACACUUAAGCGGCCUGUUGUUCCAAUAAUUAGAAUUUCAAGCACCAGUGAUAAGUCAAUUAAUAUUAAUAACAAUAGUAGUAAUAUUAAUUUUAAUUCUCCUGAAUUUAUUUCUCAAGAUAAUAUAAAAAAAUUUAAUUUAUCAAAUUUUGAACGCACACCAUUAAGAUCUAUUUUGUCUUCAAAAUCAUUUAAUAAAGAUUCAAGUAAUCAAAGCGGAAGUUUAUUUAAAAAUUUAUCUGAGCGUAGAUUAGGAGCUAUGAUGGAAUUAAAUGAUGAAUCUGAUAAUAAUAAUUAUAAAGAAGUACCGGAUAGUGUUGGUGGAUUAUUAGAGCAAGAAGAUGAUUCUUUAAAUUCAGAAAAUAAAAAAAGAAGAGAUAGUAAAGAUUCUAGUAAGCGUGUAAGAUUUUCCGAUGAAUUUAAUUUAAAGUUAGAAGAUGAUAAUUUAACUGAUGAUAAUGAAAAAGAAGAAUUUUUUGAAUCUUGUCAGAGUUUUUCAGACACUUCUAUAAGCUCGACGGAAAAAAUUCAGUCUACUAGCGAUAAUAAAUUUGUUGGAGAUGAAAAGAAAGAUGUACUUAAAGAAAACCUGGAGAAUAUUGCACAGCCCGGAAGCUCUGGUGGUUCUUCUAGAGUUGUCAUGAUGGUUCUUCUGGAGAAGUCAGGGGAAGUUUACCCAAGAGAUCUGGCGCCGAUUAUAGACUCGAGCUUGGAGAAAUUAAAGACUGCUAUUACUGGCUCUAAUGAUCAGUUAGCGGCGACUUGUGUUAGUCAGGCAGAUAUUGAUAAUUGCCAGAGUGGGUUUGCAAUGCUUUCGGUUGAUAGUUAUACGAAAGUAUCUACUAUGGAGUGUGUUAAGAAUAAUGAUUCAGCUUCGAGCUACUCCAGUUGCUUGCAGAAAAAUCAGGAUAAAGAAAAUAAUUCUAAGGGAAUUUUCGCUUCGGUUGCUAAUGCUGUUAAAAGUGUCUUCAAAAAUAUAUCAGGAUCUUCUAAAAAUACAAGUACCUUUCAAUCAAAUUCACCUGAGAGUACCCUCCAAGAUUGGUCAUCUAUAGAUUCAUGUGAAAGCGCUAUAACAUCACUAUCUCGAGCAUCAAAACGUUCGCGUGAAGAAAUGGAAUUUCUACCGUGUUCAUCUUCAUCUUAUUCAUCAGACUCAUCAAUUGAUUAUAAAAGCGGAAGUAAAAAUAAAGAAGAUGAGGAUAAUAACAAAUCUACCCCGAACGAUACUCGCAGUCCGGCUGUAAAAAAAGCACGUGGAUGGUACAACCAAAUUCGACCUCGCAAACCUAUUUCCCGAAUGAAAAAUAGCUCGUCUUCGACUCCAUUGCCUCGUGGUGUUUCUCUUGAGACUCAGUGCUUCCAACAAGGCACUUUGAGCACCAAGGACGCCAUUCUACCUCUACCUGAUCGCGCUCAAGUCAAUAGAUCUACUCAAACUGACUUUUAA